AUGGCCUCCAGUCCAACAGCAGCGCAACGUCGUGGUAGUGCCACUCUAGGCACCUCAUCCGCUUCUAGAUGGCGCUUGGCAACAGAACACGACGUCUACGCUGAUAACCGCGACGAGAACACCUUUGGUUGGGUUCAACCAGAUGAAUGGCACAUCAUUGCAGGCCCCAACAAGAACAACUUUCUUCGCGGCGAGUGUGUAGACUGUCUCACCGACACCGAACAGCCCACGGCCUCCUCACCAACACAGAGCUGCGGUGGACCAAGUUGUGGCUACGGAGCACAGUGUUGCGCAUACAGCCGUCGCGCCACCCACACCAAAGGUCCAGCUCAGCAUACUCCUGCUUUCCUCCUCCAAUCUUCCUCCAACAAAGGUGCCGGCCCUUCCAAGAUGGCUGAUCUCGCCAAACUCGAGCAGAAGGGCAUUUUCGGUGUUAGCCUCAUCGACGUCAUCCACGGCCGUAGCUGCCGUCCCAUCAGUCUACUCGAUCUCCGCACCUUCUUGCACUUCCAGCGCCAGCCACACAAACGUUUGCCAUCCUACUUCCCCGCUUCCGACAUGCAAAGCUCCGCCAUCGACGACUUUGAUCUCAAUAUCGACAGCAUCACCGCUUCGCCACCAUCCCCACACCUUGCAAAGAAGAAGUCGGUAGCUCCGCGUCUUCACUACGACGAGGUCGAUGCGCUCGACUUCCUAGUUGCCUAUGAGCGCUACCUCGCCAAGUUCAGGGAUCAAUCGCGGUCCGACCGACUCAAGAGUCCAGACCCGGCCACUUGCAAGGCGGCAGUCGGCGCUUAUGUUCGACAACAGUGCAAGGCAUGCGUCUCUUCCGACCUCACUGCCAUUGACUUCUUGCUACAAGUUCAAGACGAUGCCGACAUCCCUGAGGACGUCAAGCGUCAAGUGCUCAAGAACCUCAAACCAGUAGACCUCGGUCUCAUGCCAGAGACGCAGCCACUCCGUGUCGAGUUCGACCGCCUCGUUCACCGAUACCUCUGCUCUCGUCGCCAUUGCGUUCUGCCGAGCUCGCGUAGGAAUCGACGAAAGCGCGACUCGAUCUCUUCAUCCGACACUGCUGACGAUGGAGCCGAUACUCCGGCUGGCAUCGUUGGCUCCUCAGCCGUUGAGAAGAUGCCCCGCCUUCGAUGGAUGGUUGACGUCGGUCUCAUCUCCGAAAGCGAUCUCCAGCUUUCGUUGGCAGAGUGCGACUUUUCCACACAUCCCCAAGUGCUCGGCCCUAUCGCUGAUGCAGUUUACGCUUACAUGUCACAACACGUCGUUCCCUUCUUCUUCAUCUCGGUGGCUCGCAAUCUCAGUCCCAACACUAAGCGCGGUCGUCUCUUGGUUGGCGUUGUCUGCACAGUCCUCGCCCUCGUCUUUUCCAUCCUGCUCAUCGUCACACCAUCGCCUCUUGCCCCACGUGCUGGCAACGGUACCGGCAACAUCCUCCGAUGGUGGCGUCUCGUCACAGCGCCCGUCUGGUGCGCUGGUCUCGGUUACAUACUUGCCUACUUCACCGGUCUCUGUGUCUGGCUCACCCUGCGCGGCAACCGUGAGCCAGAUGAGGCUGAGGAGCGAGAGCGUCAAGGGAUCCGUUCACGCAACUCGGGCGAAGAUGUCGUCGGCUUCGACUUGGCCAAGUUGCAAGCCUCCGCCGAUGACCGCGACAUGGACAUCGAGUUGAACACAAACCCCUGGAUGGCUCCCGAGAUCGCUGACAUCCUCACCGGCAACAGGGGACAGAAGAAGGACAAGCAAAGGCGGCGACGAUCUAGCACAGACGUGCGCGGCCUGGAAGAGGGCCGACAGCGUUCCAAGUCCGAGGUCACUGAUGCUCCUUACUCGACCAAAGUGUCGUUUGAGAAUUCAUUUGCAGCCAAGAAGCACGCCGACAUUUCAAUCACCUCGCCCUCGGCCUUGUCGUCUCCUACUUACAUGGAAAAGGAUGCCGCUCUUACCAUGUCAGCCGCUGUCAUCUUGCACACGCCGCGACGACCUUCGGUCAUGAUUGGCGCAUCCGAUCCAUCCGGCCGUCUCACUGCUGCUCACUCGGCACUCGACUUGAAUGCUUCGCCUUCGGUGCGACCUAGUAUUGUUCGUGCACGCAACUCGCUGAACGAUGUUGGUCAAGCUGAAUCCCUUGCUGUCAACGGCAACAGCCCCAACGGUCCCGCUAUGAUGAGGCAGAAGCGCGUUCCUCUUCUCAACUUUAGCAUCGGCAUCGUUUCAUCAUCGGGCAAUGAGCGAGCCGAGGAUCAUUCUGAUGCUCCUGUUCUGACUCGUGAUGCCCUGCUGUUCGACCCGGAACUGGCAGCCAGAGUGACUUCGGCGACGCUGCCAACAGCUCCUCUCGAUGGUUCGGUGGGUCGUAUGUCGGGCUCUCCUCACACCUCGCCGCCUGCUGCGACGCGACAAAAGACUUUGGCCCACGCAUUGCUUCCCCACAAGUCGAGUGGCCGCAUGCAAAUGCAGAUGGAAGAGGACGUCCAACUCAGCUCGCUCACUCGAGGCGCAGCAAACGCUGAGAGUGACACCAAGAAACAAGAUCAUGCCUUGCCUUCACUUCCGAAUCCAGCCGCUCUUUCGUCGGUACCCGUGAUGCCCAUCUCUCAUCGCGACCCUCGCGAGAUUGCGCCCUGGGCGGCACCAUCUGUUAGGAGUGUUCGCCUGCCUUUCUCCAACCGACCGCUUCUGUUCGCGCUCCCAUCGAUCCGCAAGUCUCGUAUGUCGGCCGCAACAAGCACCACCGCCGUCAGUCCUACUGCCGCUACCGCCUUUGGUCCCAAGCGAGCUUACGACGAACCAACCCCGGCAUCGUUGAAAGAGAGGCUCUGGACUGCAGUUCAGCGUGGUACCGGUUUCGCAGUCGGCACCGAGCGUGUGCUCGACGCACGCGUACGUAGAGCACAGCAGAUGAAGGCGCUUCGCAUCAUGGCACUCAACACGCUCCUCACUGUUGUUGUUGUGACCAUCGUCGUUGCCAUCCCUUGA